CUCUGGUAUCCCGACACUUGGAUCCCCGCCCAUUUCCUUGGCCUCUCCGACCGCCUGAUCCGGUUCCCCCCCGCUCCGGGAGCUGCAGGAAGAGGCGGAGCGGGGCGGCCCCGGCGCGGCGGAGACGGUGGUUGGAGGAGCGGGGCCCCAGCAGGAGCCACUAUGUUCCAGGCCACCACCUGCCUCAAGCACCAGGGGGAUGGCAGGGAGAGCCCCCCACUGCCACCACCAUCGGAAUCCCUACUUGUCUCCCCUCUGGAGACGCUGUUCCGACAGGGAAGUGGGGUCACCUACCGCAUCCCAGCUCUGCUCUACAUUCCCCCGGAUGAAUCCUUCCUGGCCUUUGCCGAGAAACGCUCCUCAGCCCGGGACGAGGACGCCAAGUACCUGGUGCUGCGUCGGGGCUGCCAGCACGGCUCCUCGGUCAAGUGGGGUCCGGUGGAGGAGCUGUCGGCGCUGGCACUGCCCGGCCGCCGCACCAUGAACCCGUGUCCACUCUUCGAUGCCAGGAGCGGCACCAUCUUCCUCUUCUGCAUCUGCGUGGAGCAGGGGAAGACGGAGCAGCACCAGAUCUGGAGGGGGUGCAGCGCCGCGCGCCUCUGCUUCGCCACGAGUGCCGAUGGCGGCCGCAGCUGGGCCCCGCUGCGGGACGUGACGGACGAGGCCGUUGGCGCCGACCUGUCCCGCUGGGCCACCUUUGCUGUGGGGCCAGGCCACGGCAUACAGCUGGAUUCGGGGCGGCUCGUGGUGCCGGCGUACACCUACUACAUGCACGGGCACCUCUGCGGGGCCGCGCGGCUGCCCUGCUCCACCCGCCAACACUCUCUCGUCUUCUACAGCGAUGACGGCGGGCGCCGCUGGCACAAGGGCGCCCUGCUCGCUGGCGAGCGCACGGGCGAGUGCCAGGUAGCCGAAAUCCGCGGCCCCCACCCGCCCCUGCUGUACUGCAGCGCCCGCGCGCCGCGCGGCUGCCGGGCCGUGGCACUCAGCACCGACCGCGGGCUGCGCUUCCAGCGCCCGACACGGUGCCCGGCGCUGGCCGAGCCACCGCACGGCUGCCAGGGCAGCGUAGUGAGCUUUACCGCGCCUGCCGGCACCGCCGGGGCGCCCACGUGGCUGCUCUACUCCCACCCCACCAGCCGGCGCCACCGGCGGGAUUUGGGUGUCUAUGUGAACCCGUCGCCGCUGGAUGGGGCGGGCUGGCGGCGCCCGUGGGUGCUGCACGCGGGGCCUGCCGGGUAUUCCGACCUGGCCGUGUGUCCCGGCAGGAUUUUCGGCUGCUUGUUCGAGUGCGGCACUGCCAGUGCCUGUGAGGAAAUCGUCUUCUGCCUCUUCACCCUGGACUCCUCUGACCAGAACCUCAAGGCUUCCUGAAACAGGCCUGUUUUACUCAAGGGGGUCACUCCUGACUGCUGGCAUCCUGGUCCAGACCUCACCAGCAUGUUUUGGAUGCUCCAGAGGCUCAGCAUCAUGUAGCUUUUGUUUAAUUUUAUAUUUAAUUAUUGCUUUUUAAUCACCCAGUCAGGUGGUGGUGGUGGACGAUCUGCUGCAGGUUGGCCAAGGGGUGCUGGCACAGCACCCAAAAUGCUGCUGCUGCUCCAAAAAUCAGCGUUUUUCACCUGCUAGCAGCAAAAAAGUGCCACUGAGAGCAGCUGGUUCCCUGAGGAAGAAGUCCCCUAAGGUCUUCGUUUAAGUUAAAAAUGUUUCCAGUUCCUGUGUCCCCCUCAUGUGGCAGAGAGAAUUCCUAUUUUUUUAAUCCUGUUUUCUUCCACUUGCCUGCUUUGGGCCUGUAUUCUCAUAGGAAAAAGAACUCCAGUCUUGUGGGGAUUUUUUUAUUCUGCUCCAUAGGAAUAGGUUGUGGCAUCCUGACGGUGACAGCAACGUCACAGUCCCCUGGUACUUGCAAAUAAAGUCCUCCCAAAGCAGGUGAAAUGCAACCAAUA